GUCUCGACGAUCAGUCUGAAACGCAAGCAGCACGCGACAACACGAGCAAUUGUAUUCCGAAACAAUGUCAUUCCAAUUGAAGUUGAAUUUAAUAUGCCUGCUCUGUCUGCUGAUCCAAGUGCAGGCACAAGAUAUUCCUGUAGAAUUUCCUGUUGAUUUUCCCACAACCACUGUUGAGACGGUAACAGAGUUAGCGGAGACAACAACCACAACUGCAGCUGCUACAGAGCCUGCCCCAACAACCACAACAACAACAGAAACAACCACAACUGAUGCAACAACAGCUGCAACCACUCUUCCCACAAACAACAUGCCAGCUUAUCCGACUUAUGCGCCGCCAACAUACGUUCCACAUUAUCCCAUCCGCCCAACAAGUGCUCCACAAUUUCCCUGGCUCUGGAACCCGAAUGACAGUGACUCUGAGAUGAACUGUUAUCUGAAAGAGCAAGUUGAAAAUAAAUAUGUUAGCUGGACCUGUGGUUUCAACAGCUGGAGGCCAACGAAAAGCUGUUAUCGCUGCUGCUAUUAUAGCUACAGCAGCUAUGCUGGCUGCACUAAACUGCACGAGGGACGCUGCAAUAAUGGAAACUGGGCAAUUUAAAAUAAUGGGUAUUUGCUAAUGAGCUGGUACGCUUAUACCUGAAG